AUGGGGGACGAGGACGAGGACGAGGGCUGCGCCGUGGAGCUGCGGAUCACCGAAGCCAACCUGACCGGGCACGAGGAGAAGGUGAGCGUGGAGAACUUCGAGCUGCUCAAGGUGCUGGGCACGGGAGCCUACGGGAAGGUGUUCCUGGUGCGGAAAGCCGUCGGGCAUGAUGCAGGGAAGCUGUACGCGAUGAAGGUGCUGCGCAAGGCCGCGCUGGUGCAGCGCGCCAAGACACAGGAGCACACGCGCACCGAGCGCUCCGUGCUGGAACUCGUGCGCCAGGCGCCCUUCCUGGUCACGCUGCACUACGCCUUCCAGACGGACGCCAAGCUGCACCUCAUCCUGGACUACGUGAGUGGAGGCGAGAUGUUCACCCACCUCUACCAGCGCCAGCACUUCAAAGAGGCCGAGGUGCGCGUGUACGGGGGCGAGAUCGUGCUGGCCCUGGAGCACCUGCACAAGCUGGGUAUCAUCUACCGAGAUCUGAAGCUGGAGAACGUGCUGCUGGACUCCGAGGGCCACAUCGUCCUCACGGACUUCGGGCUUAGCAAGGAGUUCCUGACGGAGGAGGAGGCUCCCUAUGCUCUCACCCUCCCAAGCCCAGCAAGUCUUGCUCUGAGCCUGGAGCUCUGCUGGGUGUCCACAUGGGUCCUCUUGCCCUCCCAGAAAGAACGAACCUUCUCCUUCUGUGGCACUAUCGAGUACAUGGCUCCCGAAAUCAUCCGCAGCAAGUCAGGGCACGGCAAGGCUGUGGACUGGUGGAGCCUGGGCAUCCUGCUCUUUGAGCUGCUGACCGGGGCCUCGCCCUUCACCCUGGAGGGUGAGAGGAACACGCAGGCAGAGGUGUCCCGACGGAUCCUGAAGUGCUCCCCUCCCUUCCCCCCCCGGAUCGGGCCUGUGGCACAGGACCUGCUGCGGCGACUACUUUGCAAGGACCCCAAGAAGCGGCUGGGCGCAGGGCCCCAGGGGGCCCAGGAAGUCAAGAACCACCCCUUCUUCCAGGGUUUGGAUUGGGUUGCUCUAGCUGCCAGGAAAGUUCCAGCCCCAUUCCAACCCCAGAUCCGCUCGGAGCUGGAUGUGGGCAACUUUGCAGAAGAAUUUACUCGGUUGGAGCCUGUCUACUCACCCCCCGGCAGCCCCCCACCUGGGGACCCUCGCAUCUUCCAGGGAUACUCCUUCGUGGCGCCCUCCAUCCUGUUUGACCAUAACAAUGCGGUGAUGAUGACAGAUGUGCUGGAAGCAUCUGGCGCUGGAGACCGGCCCGGCCGGGCAGCGGUGGCCAGGAGUGCCAUGAUGCAGGACUCGCCCUUCUUCCAGCAGUACGAGCUGGACCUGCGGGAGCCGGCGCUGGGCCAGGGCAGCUUCUCCGUGUGUCGCCGCUGUCGCCAGCGCCAGAGCGGCCAAGAGUUCGCGGUCAAGAUCCUCAGCCGCAGGCUGGAGGCGAACACGCAGCGAGAAGUGGCCGCCUUACGGCUUUGCCAGUCGCAUCCAAACGUGGUGAAGUUGCACGACGUGCAUCACGACCAGCUGCACACGUACCUGGUUCUGGAGCUGCUGCAGGGCGGGGAGCUGCUGGAGCACAUCCGCAAGAAGCGGCACUUCAGCGAGUCCGAGGCGAGCCAGAUCUUGCGCAGCCUGGUGUCCGCUGUGAGCUUCAUGCACGAGGAGGCGGGCGUGGUGCAUCGCGACCUCAAGCCCGAGAACAUUCUGUACGCCGAUGACACGCCCGGAGCCCCCGUGAAGAUCAUCGACUUCGGGUUUGCGCGGCUGCGCCCGCAGAGCCCCGCGGGACCCAUGCAGACGCCGUGCUUCACGCUGCAGUACGCUGCUCCUGAGCUGCUAGCGCAGCAGGGCUACGAUGAGUCCUGCGACCUCUGGAGCCUCGGCGUCAUUCUGUACAUGAUGCUGUCCGGGCAGGUCCCCUUCCAGGGGGCCUCAGGCCAGGGUGGGCAGAGCCAAGCGGCCGAGAUCAUGUGCAAGAUUCGUGAGGGGCGCUUUUCUCUUGACGGGGAGGCCUGGCAGGGCGUGUCUGAGGAAGCCAAGGAGCUGGUCCGAGGGCUCCUGACGGUGGACCCUGCCAAGCGGCUGAAGCUUGAGGGGCUGCGGGGAAGCUCAUGGCUACAGGAUGGCAGCGCGCGCUCCUCGCCCCCACUCCGGACACCCGACGUGCUGGAGUCCUCGGGGCCAGCUGUGCGCUCCGGGCUCAACGCCACUUUCAUGGCCUUCAACCGCGGCAAGCGCGAGGGCUUUUUCCUGAAGAGCGUGGAGAACGCGCCGCUGGCGAAGAGGCGGAAACAGAAGCUGCGGAGCGCCACCACCUCCCGCCGCGUCUCCCCUGCGCCCGCCGCCGCGGGCAGGGCCCCCGCCGCCAAGGGAGCCCCCAGACGAGCCAACGGCCCCCUGCCGCCCUCUUAGCCCCCGCCACAGUGACCCCUCUUUCCCCCAUAGAGUCUGUGACCUGGGAGCCUCAGGUAUCGGCUCCGCCCCAUCCCCAGGGAUUGCCCUUCCCUCCCCUUCCCCCCUCCCCACUCCCAGAGCAGAAGUAUUUUUAUAAGCAGAGAAUUUUUUACGUCUUACCAGAUAGAGUUAGAGAUGCAGGGAGGGAGGGGCCUCUGCUGAUACAGUGCCUAGUCCGGCAGAAGGCACUUCUCCCCCAGGGGGCUGCUCCACCCGGAAGGGCUCCUCCCCCAUUUCUCCGCACUGAGUUGCCAGGGGGAGAAACUGGGACUACUCCCCUGCCCUCCCCCCCCAGGCCCUGCUCUUGGGAGGGGGCGCCCCUCCAGCUGUCACUUUAUGGACUGUCCGUGCAAUUACGUCCACCAAAGACCUGUGUUGGGAGGGGGGGUCCAAGGAGAGGCCCUGGGGGACCCCUGAAGCAUUUCUGCCUCACUUUAUGUCACCUGCUUCUCCCCUGUUGGGGCUAAGGAAGGAGGUAGGCAACCCCUAAAAGGGGAGGCCCCUUCUCCCCACUCCCCCGCUCCCCCUUGGCACAGCUGCCUCUGGCUGGGGCAGGGCCUUGAGGGUCUGGGCUGGGCAUCUGCAGUCACUGCCUCAGCCCAUCCAGGCUGUGCCUUUGACUUUAAAAUAAAAGUCCAUC